CUUGGAUGCUUAUUUGGAUCCUCUUACUACAUGAAACCUGGUUCCUUGUUCUAGCAUGUAGGUGGAAAUGUGAAAGUUAAAACGCAACAGUAGUACCACUAGAUUGUGUCAGGGAUCUCUAGUUCAAAUGAUCGCUGAGACGAAAUUAAUAUUACAUACUGUGGUUUCAGGUCUCGAAAGAUUACUGGUUUCGCUCGGUCCCCAACCUCCUGCUACUCAGAAAAAAAAACAGUAGUACCACUCUACUACUGUUACUGCCAUGAAUGUUGUUACUACAGCUGCGCCGGUUUCAUCCUACUAUGAAUGCUACUUGUGGAUUUUCAGAACCUCUUUUACAACAGCAGAGUUUGUGAACUUGGCAGUUUGAUUAUCUGAGUUUCACCUUAAUGAUUUGCUAAAAAAAUUAGAAAAAAAACAAAAAACAAAAAAAGCCUUACCUAUAUAUGUUUCGAAAAGAAAAACAGAGAAGAGACAUACGUUCAUUGUCUUCAUUCCGACCGUAUUUGUCGAGUGUUUAAUGAAACUACUCCAUCGCUCCUUCUCGUCGUUUCCCAGCUCUCCUCUCCAAACCUUCUUAACAAUCCCUCAACUAUGUUCCAACGGUCGUCUCCAAGAAGCUUUACUGGACAUGGCCGUCUUAGGCCCCAACAUGUUGGGGUUCCAUGAUUACGAUGCAUUGCUGAAUACAUGUGUGAACAAAAGGGCUCUUAGAGAAGGUCAAAGAGUCCACACCCACAUGAUCAAAACCAGUUAUUUCCCCCCCACAUACCUCCGAAAUCGUUUGCUCAUCUUCUACGGCAAAUGCGAUCGUUUGGCAGAUGCACACAAAGUACUCGACGAAAUGCCUGACAAGAAUGUCGUUUCCUGGACCGCUAUGAUCUCGCGUUAUUCUCAAACUGGACACUCUUCAGAGGCUCUGACUCUGUUUGCUGAGAUGAUGAGAGCAGAUGGGAAGCCUAAUCACUUCACUUUCGCCUCUGUUCUCACCUCUUGUUCUGGAUUAUCCGUGGGUAAGCAAGUCCAUGGACUGAUAAUUAAAUGGAGUUACGAUUCUCAUAUUUAUGUGGGAAGCUCUCUUCUUGACAUGUACGCCAAAGCUGGUAGAAUCGAAGAAGCUCGCGAGGUUUUUGAGUGUUUACCUGAGAGAGAUGUUGUCUCAUGUACAGCUAUUAUUACUGCCUAUGCGCAGUUAGGUCUUGAUGAAGAGGCUUUGCAGGUGUUCCAGAAGCUGCUGAGUCAAGGAAUGAGUCCGAACUACGUGACUUACGCUAGUGUUCUUACAGCUUUAUCUGGACUUGCUUUGUUAGACCACGGGAAGCAAGUUCAUUGCCAUGUUCUGAGACGUGAGCUUCCUUUCUACGCUGUUCUGCAGAACUCGUUGAUCGAUAUGUACUCAAAGUGUGGGAACCUCUCUUACGCUCGGAGGCUUUUCGAUAACAUGCCUGAGACUGAGAGGACAUCUGUUUCGUGGAACGCGAUGCUUGUGGGGUAUAGUAAACACGGGUUAGGAAAAGAGGUUCUUGAGCUGUUUGGAUUGAUGAGGGAGGGGAAGAGAGUAAAGCCUGAUUCGGUUACUCUCUUAGCUGUCUUGUCUGGAUGCAGCCAUGGGAAAAUGGAAGACACAGGGCUAAGUAUAUUCGAUGGGAUGAUAGCGGGAGAUUACGGGGUCAAGCCUGACACUGAGCAUUACGGUUGCAUCGUUGAUAUGCUUGGCCGUGCUGGUAGGAUCGAGGAGGCAUUUGAGUUCGUCAAAAGAAUGCCAUCGGAACCAACCGCUGGUGUCUUGGGAUCUCUUUUAGGAGCUUGCAGGCUCCAUGUAUCAGUAGACAUUGGAGAAGCUGUAGGUCGUAGGCUCAUUGAGAUUGAACCAGAGAACGCGGGUAACUACGUGAUUCUCUCUAACUUGUACGCCUCUGCAGGAAGAUGGGAAGAUGUAAACAGUUUAAGAGCAAUGAUGCUGCGGAGCGCUGUUACAAAAGAGCCAGGUAGAAGCUGGAUUCAACACGAGCAAACUUUGCAUUACUUCCACGCGAAUGAUCGUACUCAUCCGAGAAGGGAAGAGGUGUUGGCUAAACUGAAAGAGAUACUGAUGAAAAUGAAGCAAGCUGGUUACGUUCCUGAUCAUAGCUGUGUGUUGUAUGACGUGGAUGAAGAGCAGAAGGAGAGGAUGUUGCUUGGCCACAGUGAGAAACUAGCUCUGACUUUUGGUUUGAUUGCUACUGGCGAUGGGAUUCCGAUUAGAGUUUUCAAGAACCUGCGUAUAUGCGUUGAUUGUCAUAACUUUGCCAAGAUCUUCUCUAAGGUUUUUGAAAGAGAAGUGUCCUUGAGAGAUAAAAACAGGUUCCAUCAAAUUGUCGGAGGAGUAUGUUCCUGUGGAGAUUACUGGUGACAAAAGGCAUGUAAUAUUAGAUUCAGACAAACAUCUGUAGGAAUAAAAAGUUGAUUUGAUUCUUUUACUUUGUUACAGCUACGAACAGUACAAUCAU